AGUGCUAGGAGUUUGGGCUCGGAGGCUGACAGGAAAUUCAAAACAGCAGCGAGCUGCUGCUUGGACCACUCCCAGGCAUUUUUUUUUUCCGUCAAUGCAGGAGACUAUUUAAUUGGGGUCUGACUUGCCAAACUUAACUAUUGAGGCUCACCGGUAGCUGCACAACCACUGACAGUAAUUUUUUCCCCUCACUUUCCCCUUCUUUCGACAAGAUGAAGAUGCUGCUGAGGCUGAUUGCUCUGCUCUCUGCUGUCCUCCUCACCAGCUCAGCUCCUCCGACCUGCUACUCGAGAGUGCUGGCUCUGAGCAAAGAAAUUACGGAGUCUUUUAGGGAUUUACAGACCUCCGGAGAGACGGACCCAUGUGUGGAGAUGCUGCCCAAGCUGUAUUUGGACAUACAUAAUUACUGUGUAUUGGCAAAGCUCCGUGAUUUUGUGGCAUACCCCGGAUGUGACAGAAUGCUUCAAGUGGGUGCUCUGAAGGAAAAAGCCCGCAGCCUGUACACCAUUAUGAUCUCCUACUGCAGAAGGGACUUGGUGUUCCUUACAGAUGACUGCAAUGCUUUGGAAAAUCCUGUUCAGUCUCCCGCUGCACCCUCCAUCAUUCAGAGCUAAAAUGGAGCCAGACCAACAGCCUUACCUGGGAUAUUCCUGAAGGAGACCAAAAACCAAAACAUAUGUAUGCAGUCAGCUACAACAUUAAGAGCUAAGAUCUUUUUCAGGCACACUAGUAAUAUUAUCUUAGACCUACCUAUUUUUCUCAGCCGUGGCAGGAAAUGAACUGCAUGCCUCACAUACCUACCAAGCUGCUAGUGAAGCUAUGGUUAGAAAGCAUUUUUUUCAUUUGG